AUGGUCAGGGCUGCCGAUUUCGCUGCUGCGUCACGUCCAUUCAGGGCAGAUGUCAAGAUCCACGAUGUCGAGGUUGAAGGAGUAAUCCCGAAAGAGCUAGACGGCACUUCCUAUAGAGUGGUUCAAGACCAGUAUUACGACGGGUCCUACUACGAAAAUGGGUCCAAGGCCAUCCCCUUUGACGGAGACGGGAGCGUCAGCGCCUUCCGGAUCAAAGACGGGAAAGUCUCUUUCCAGCAGAAAUAUGUCUUGACAGAGCGGCUGAACCCCUUCACUCAUCACCCGUGCGUACGUGCCGUCGUCGAUACUUCGGCCAACACCAACGUCGUGGUGCAUGCCAACAAACUUCUGGCGGUGAGCGAGGGCGGGCCGGCAUACGAGCUCGAUCCCAACGGCCUACGAACCAUUGGACACGCACCAUUUCCGGACAUUCAUCCCACCAAGGCGUUCACGGCGCAUCCUCAUGUUGAUCCCGAGACGGGACUGGACAGCCCAAAUAUCUCGAUCUACAUCAUAAGCAGGGAUGGAAAGCUCACGUAUCAACGGGAUAUCGAAUUCUACCCUACCGGAGGGAUGUUCCACGACUGCGCGAUUACGCGAAACUACAUCGUCCUCACUCGGAUGCCCUUCACAAUCGAUCUUAAAGACUUAGAGAAGCCAGGAAACCAUCAAUGGUACUAUGAUGAGGAGUGUCCCGCGUAUUUUGGACUGGUGCCACGCGACCUUAAGAAGCCAGUUCGCUGGUUCAAGCACUCCGACACGACUCUUGCUUCGCACAAUGGGCUCAGUUUUCUCCCGAGCCGCCGCGGCCCCAACCCUGAGCCAAAGGACGUUACGGUCAACCACGUCAAAUUCUGCAUCGACCCCAACAGCGAAUCCGAUGAACUCCCGGACCCAGAAAUUGUACUUCGCGGCCCUUGCGAGUUCCCAAGGAUCGACGAACGGUUCCUCAUGAGCAAGACUCGUAUCACCUGGCUCGAUUGCUUCAACCCAAAUGAAGAUCCCACCCGCCAGCUCUUCCAAGGCCUCAACACUUUGGCCUGCGUCGACUACGAAACGGGCGAGGUCGAGUACUUCUCGCCCAGCCCCAUCUGCCUGGUUCAGGAACCAGCUUUCAGCCCCAGACACCCUGAUGCGCCGGAGGCCGAUGGUUUCCUCGUCACCAUGGUGGAUAACAUGGAGCUUGGCAGGAAUGAGUUGAUAAUUCAAGACAAGCGUGAUUUCCAAACGGUUGUCGCCAAGGUCAUCCUGCCCUUCCGUCUUCGUUCCGCUGUACAUGGAAACUGGGUUGAUGCGACGAGGAUCGCGGAUGCCGAGCCGUACGAGGUGCAGUCUUUCAAGGACCUCUACCCCAUAUUCCGACAUUUCUCGAGUAGAAGUAAAGUAGAAUAA